CAGCACUUACUAACAUAGUAGCUAACUAGAAGUGGCGUCUGUGUUGUGUGUACAUUAAAAAUCGGCAAAAUGAUGACCUUAGCGCCAAAAAAGGAUGGGGGCCCAAAUACAAAAUUUUACGAAUCACCUGAGACAAUAUCACUUUUUGAUGGAAUUAGGUCGUGGCUCCAGAAAAACUGUAAAAAGUAUAUUCAGACAGAUCCACCAACAAAUAAAGGCCUAGCAGCCCUUGUUAUUCAGCUUAUCCAAUUCCAGGAGGACAAUCUUGGCAAAAAUGUCAGCAAACCUCCACUUACUAGACUUCCAAUGCGAUGUUUCUUGGAUUUCAAGCCUGGAGGAGCACUAUCUCACAUCUUGGCCACAGUUUACAAAUUCAAAAGUGACCAAGGUUGGAGACGAUUUGAUUUUCAGUCUCCAUCUCGUAUGGACAGGAAUGUCGAAAUGUUCAUGAAUGUGGAGAAAGUGCUGAUACAGAACAAAUGCUUGACAAUGCCAAUUGUUUACGUCAGAUCAGAUGUUGAUAAAGCUCUCCAGGGAAAAAUUAAAGAUAUUAUAAAAAGACACCAGGGAUCAAUCACAGAUAAUGAAGAAGAAGCAACACACGUAAUCUAUCCCCCAUGCGAUCCAUUGGAAGAAGAGUAUGCACGCCCUGUUAUGAAACGUGACCGAUCAGUAUUACUUCAUUGGUACUACUUUCCUGAUAGCCAUGAUACAUGGACUAAUUUGGAAUUGCCUGUUGAUCCACCGGAUUCACCAGCACCUCAUGCUGGACCAUGGAGGGUGGUGGCAACGUGGGUGUCUGAUCUUGAACAGUACAAUGAGUGGAUGACUGAAGAAGAUUAUGAAGUUGAUGAAAAUGGCCGGAAGAAAGUACACAAGUUACGCUUAUCUGUGGAAGACUUGAUGAGCCAGUCAGAUCCUGAUAGAACAAAGAAAAAACCAAAGCGUAAGAGAUCACCAUCGCCUCCACCAAAACAAGUGAAAAGAAAGAGUGGCCGUAGUCCAGCUGUUGGCAUUAGUAAGAAGCACAAAAGUGAAGAAGAGGCAGAUGACCUGACCAAAGAGAUGGAGGAACCACCUGCAGAGCCCAGCAUUCAAGAAGUUGCUGUUCCAAAACAAGUAGGCUCCUCUUCAAAGAAAGAUAAUGAUCUACAGCCUAUUAAAGGUGGUACAGUCACAGAUUUGGACGAAGAGACAGAUAAUAAAGGUGAAGAUAGUCAGACUGGCAAAAACUCUGAGAGCAAUACACAGGAUUUUGCAUCAAAAGAUGAUGGCCAAGAAGACAAUGUCACUGAGCAGACACACCAUAUAAUCAUUCCAAGUUACUCAGCAUGGUUUGAUUAUAAUUCUAUUCACACAGUUGAAAAGCGUGCAUUACCUGAAUUUUUCAAUGGAAAGAAUAAAUCUAAGACUCCAGAAAUCUACCUAGCAUACAGAAACUUCAUGAUUGAUACAUACCGAUUAAAUCCAACAGAGUAUAUUACCAGCACUGCUUGUAGGAGAAAUCUAGCAGGCGAUGUGUGUGCAAUAAUGCGAGUGCAUGCUUUCCUAGAACAGUGGGGGCUUAUUAAUUACCAGGUUGAUUCGGACAGCCGCCCGACUCCCAUGGGACCACCGCCAACAUCACACUUUCAUGUUCUGUCAGAUACUCCAUCUGGACUUCAGCCAAUAAAUCCUCCAAAGACUCCUCAACCGUCUGCUGCCAAAACGCUUCUGGAUCUUGAUAAAAAAGAUGGAGUUAAGAAAGUGGAAGUUGAUCCGGGUUCUAACUUUGGGCUUAAGCUUGACCAGUAUGCAAGGAAGCCAGCUGUCCUUAGAAAUAAAACUGCAGCUAGCAUGACUAGAGAAUGGAAUGAGCAAGAAACAUUGUUGCUUUUAGAAGGGCUUGAACUUUAUAAGGAUGAUUGGAAUAAAGUAUGUGAACAUGUUGGGAGCAGAACACAGGAUGAAUGCAUUUUGCAUUUCUUAAGACUUCCAAUAGAAGAUCCAUACCUUGAGGAUCAUGAAGCAGGUGGUGGAGCAUUGGGCCCAUUAGCAUAUCAGCCAAUUCCAUUCAGCAAAGCUGGUAAUCCAAUUAUGUCAACAGUAGCAUUUUUAGCUUCUGUAGUUGAUCCAAGGGUUGCAGCAUCUGCAGCAAAGGCAGCAAUGGAAGAAUUUGCAAGUAUCAAGGAUGAGGUUCCUGCUGCUCUAAUGGAUGCUCAUGUCAAGAAUGUUGAAGCCUCAUCCACUGAAGGAAAAUUUGAUCCCUCUGCAGGAUUAGCACAGAGUGGAAUUGCUGGGACUGUUCCGGAAAAAGAAGAUGAAGUUGUGGAGAAGGAAAAGAAAGAUGAUGAUAAAGAAGCAGAGGAGAAACCGUGUGAUGCUGAAGGAAAACAGAAGAAAGAGUCUGAAAAGCCAGAAGCUACUGAAACUGAAAAGAAAUCAGACGAAAGGGAUGGAAAGGAAAGUACUGAAGAGGAGAAGUCCAAUGACAAAACUGAUAUCAAAGAAGAAGGGGAGCAGAAAGAAGGAAGUGAAGGUGAGACGAGACCGACAGAAACGGAACACGAUCGUUUGGUGAAGGACGCCCAGCUGCAGGCUGCCGCAGCUGCGGCACUGGCAGCUGCCGCGGUCAAGGCUAAGCAUUUGGCCGCUGUCGAGGAACGCAAGAUCAAAUCGUUGGUAGCGCUGCUCGUGGAGACUCAGAUGAAGAAGUUGGAAAUCAAACUGCGCCAUUUCGAGGAGCUCGAGACGACAAUGGAAAGGGAAAGAGAAGGUUUAGAAUAUCAACGACAGCAGCUCAUUACGGAACGGCAACAGUUCCACCUGGAACAAUUGAAAGCUGCCGAAUUCCGUGCUCGUCAACAGGCACACCAACGGCUUGCGGCUGAAAGUGGUGUUCCUAGCGGAGGAUGGGGUGGGCAGGUUCACUCUUCCCCUGCAGCGCCCCCUGCCACACCUGGAGGAAACCCCAGUGAGGGUGGUGUGACACCCAGUACAACACCAACACCACCUUCACCCCAGGCAACAGCUGGCCCUCCACAUGCCAGUGCAACAGCUGUGCCUAAUGUUCACCCCCAGGCCGUCGGCUCACCUUCUCCUGGGCCGCAGCAGCAGGCUGUGUAGACAGUCUAUUUUAUUGUCAGCAAUUGAGAACUUAAUUUGUGUCAAUUUCUUCAGUUCUUAUUGGAUUAUGAAUACGUCGUGUACUCUUUGAAAUACUGUCAUAUGCAUAGUGUAGAGAUGCUUUAUCAUAAAUCAUUAUUCAUUGUCUGUGGGUGUGUGUAUUUGAAGUGUAUUUGCAACUAACUGGUGAGGCAAAGAAAGACAAAGAACAACAGGUGCAAGAUCACUGGCCUUUGAUGGUCCUUUUAAGCUUUGUAUUUAAUCACAUUUGAAACUAAAAUGAGUGUGUGCUAUCAAACAUUACGAUUAUCGUCACAGAACAGAAUUAUUAGAACAGAACUGAACAGUAGUAAAGGAAAAUGGUAAUUUGUUUUUCGAUUCUGUAAUGUGAAUCUUCCGUUGCUUUCUUCUGCACAGUUUGUGCUUUAUUCAAGACUGAUGGAUGUUAACAGUAGUAAAGGAGAACGCUAGUAUGAAAAAUCCUAAUUUGUUUUUUACCUUUGUAAUGUGACUGUUCUGUUGCUUUCUUCUUCACGAUUCGUACUUUAUUGAAGACUGAUGGAUGUAAAUGUUCAGCAGUGCUAUGUUUUACUGUGUCAAUGUUUUGCUUUCUCACCAGUAUUCUUAAAAAUGUGUACUACCAUUGAAUGUCGUUUGUUCUGUUCAUUGUGUACCACAUGAUUUGUUUUUAAGUAUGUCAAAUAUGUAAACUCACAGUCACCAAGAUCCUAUAUAUUUUCUUUAUUUGCUAAUUUAUUUUCAAAACUGUGGAGAUGAACUAGAUUUUGACUCUGUUAGACAAAUGAUAAUGUAACUGAGGUGUUACUCUUCUCUUACCAAGUGAAUCUUUGUAAUCUGUCUGUAGUAAUCUCUGUAACUUUUUUAUGACUUUUGUAGUGAAAAUGUAAUCUGUAAAUUGUUUAGCACAUAUCUCCCUCUCCUUGUGUGUGUGUGUGUGUGUGUGUGUGUGUGUGUGUGUGUGUGUGUGUGUGUGUGUUGUGUUUUUUUGAGUAUGCACAUAUAUUUACCUAUGUGCGUAUCUGAGUGAAAUGGUUAAAACACAUGUAGAACAUAGAUCCAUCUGAAUUGAAUGUAAUGAAUCUUGAGAUCCAGCUGAUGAGGAUGAAGUUCAAGCUGCAUAGUUAAAAUACUCUGCAUAUGUAGAGACAUUUCCAUAGUAUAAAUGAGAUUUUUCGUAUUAUUUGUAUGUAUAAAAUGCACAAUGUCUUAUGUAAAUAAAAGCAAUUAUGUAUUACUAGAGGGCAGCCAGGCUGCUUAA